UUCAGGGAAGCGCAGGAGACACUGACUGGUCGGUGGGACGCGAGGGCGUGCGGAGCGCAGGGAGGCGAGCCUGGCGGGGGUCUCCGGGAAUCUGCUUGCGUAAGGUUAUCAAUCCAGCGAAUGAGGCCGGGCGAAUGCACGCUGCUGGGUUUAGAAAAAAAACAAAAAAUGAGUAAGCGAGACGCCCCUUCCGUUUUAUGAUAAUCAAGCUGCAAGCAAAUAAAUCGGCUGGCCCCACUGCAAUCUCCUGCACUCGAGUGCCAAGAGAGCCUAUUCCUAUGAAUUACUGAAGCCAUAAGGAAAAUUUUUUUAAAAAUUAAAACUUUACCAUAAUGAGGUGUUGCCACAUCUGCAAACUCCCCGGAAGAGUGAUGGGGAUUCGAGUGCUUCGUUUCUCUUUGGUGGUCAUCCUUGUGUUACUGCUGGUAGCGGGGGCUUUGACCACUUUACUUCCCAAUAUAAAAGAAGACAAGAUGCUCGCUUUGCGUCGGGAAAUAAAAUCCCAGGGCAAGUCCACCCUGGAUUCCUUUACUCUCAUAAUGCAGACGUAUAACAGAACGGAUCUACUAUUGAGACUUUUAAAUCAUUAUCAGGCAGUACCACAUCUGCACAAAGUGAUUGUGGUGUGGAACAACAUUGGGGAGAAAGGACCGGAUGAGUUAUGGAAUUCUCUAGGGCCUCACCCUGUGCCUGUGAUCUUCAAACUACAGACAACAAACAGGAUGAGAAAUCGACUCCAGGUCUUUCCUGAACUGGAAACCAAUGCGGUGUUAAUGGUAGAUGAUGACGUGCUAAUUAGCGCCCAAGACCUGGUUUUUGCUUUCUCAGUUUGGCAGCAAUUUCCUGAUCAAGUUGUAGGAUUUGUUCCUAGAAAACACGUCUCCACUUCGUCAGGUAUCUACAGUUAUGGAGGUUUUGAACUGCAAACACCAGGUUUUGGAAAUGGUGACCAGUACUCUAUGGUGCUGAUUGGAGCCUCAUUCUUCAGUAGGAAAUACCUUGAACUCUUUCAGAGGCAACCCGCAGCAGUCCAUGCUUUGAUAGAUGAAACGCAAAACUGUGAUGAUAUCGCCAUAAAUUUUAUCAUUGCCAAGCACAUCGGAAAGGCUUCAGGGAUAUUUGUGAAACCUGUAAACAUGGUCAAUUUAGAAAAAGAAACCAACGGUGGCUAUUCUGGAAUGUGGCAUCGAGCCGAGCACUUUCUGCAGAGGUCUUACUGUAUAAAUAAGCUUGUUAAUAUCUAUGGUAGUAUGCCCUUAAAAUACUCCAACAUUAUGAUUUCUCAGUUUGGUUUUCCAUAUGCCAACCACAAAAGUAAAAUUUGAAAAGUAAAACAAACAAAAACAAACCUCAAAACUGUUCAGUUUUUGAGUAGCUCAUCUGUGCUGUGGUUGGUUUGUUUUCUUUUUUUAAGCAACUUCAUGAACUUUUAUCCACUCCAGAAGUCUCUACAAAGGAAAAAAUGUACAGUGCUUCUAGGAUAUAAAAUUCACAUGAACUUCAAAAACCAAAAAGCUAGUAUUAUCCAGAUAGGUCUUCUUGUGAGAAGUUUUCAUCCACGGAUGUAACGCCUUGGUCAGCGAUUUUAUUGUUUACAUCCUGAGACUGUUCUACAAUUUCUUUGACUCCUGGCAUUUGCCUUAAGGACCUAUAUAGCAAGCUGUUUCCAGGAUCAGAGAAGCAUUUCUCAGCUUUUUCAUUAAAGGAUGAUUGUUUUCAUUUGAAGUCCAAAAUGCCUCUUGAGCAAAAGCCCAUGGUAGAGAAAAGCCAUGUGAAGAGAGAAUAGUCUCAAUCUCAUAUGAGAACAAGUGAAAAAUUUGUGGCUACCAGUGCUUCCCGUGUGGUCCUUCCACCCAGCCCUUUCCAGGACUAACUAAGCCCAGCAUGGUUUUGAUGCAACCAUCAAUGCUUUUAUUUUUGUUAAUAAGUCUGUUGUAACUUGGGGGGGUUAAUUUUAGUAGCUGAAGGAUGUCUAGUUGUUUGCUUGAUUUUUGUGAACAUUUACUGCAUGGGUCACAAAAAAGUGCAGCCUAUGUUUCUUAUAUGCAACUUACAUGCAGCAAGGAGUAAAUAUGUUGCAAGAUUCAGACAGUGCAUUUUGUCACUGAAUCUGAUCUUAAGAUUGUACAUUAAUUCUUAUUUUUUACAUAAAGUACAUGUAGUUUAAGACACAUAUAUAAAAUACUCUUCUGAAAGAAUAAAGUAGGAACUGGCAGAAGUUAAAAAUGUUAGUAUCCAAAGAUCUUUAUUGUCAGGGCAUAGGUUAUCUCAUGGGUGUUGAAGAGUGGUAUGUAUUUUACACAAAGUCAAUCUCUUGCAUCCAGAACUUCUUUUUUUUUUUUCCAAAAAAGAUAAGGCACUAUUCAUCAUGAUGAAAUUUCAAUUACAGAGAUACAGGAAAAAAUAAGAGAACUGAGUCGUAGCAGGAAAUUCUAUAGGGAGUCUGCAUGAGUUCAUUGUCAAGUUGCCCACUCCCUGUUCUGUGAAUUAAUAUCUGUGCUCCGCACAGUGUCUGUGUUUGAUCCUUGUUCACUACUGGUGGCAAGGAAUACUUAAUUAGGCCUCUGUCUACCACCUUCUCCUCUGCUCCUCCCUCUGCUCCUCCCUCUCCUCUCCCAUAAUGCCAUUAUAUUUUCCCAAUUACAAAGCUAUGAAAAGAUUAAAAUAAUCAUGGUUAAUGUUACAACAAUGCAGUCUCUGUGCAGUUAGUUGAGUAUAUGUUGUUUCUUUACAUUGGCAUGUGUAUGUGUCUUAAUGCAGUCAGAUAAAAUCAAUAGAACUUGGAACCUCACUAAAAAUCUGUAAAGUUAGUUAUCUAUUUUGUCUGACCUUGGUAGUGUUUUUUUUUUGCCUCUUGGGCAGAUAAAUAAAAUAAACUUUUACCAUC